GAGAACGGAGGCCACUCGUACAUGGGCUACUGCCUGAACCUGGGCGGCAUCGUCCUCGACCUCAGCCUCAUGAACACGUGCCAUAUCGACUACGACAAGAUGCUCAUCCGUAUGGACGGCGGCCUCGUCUGGAAGGACGUCUACUACAAGUACCUCAAAGACAAGCGCAACAUCGUCAUCGGCGGCCAGUGCCCGACCGUCGGCGUCAGCGGCUUCACACUCGGUGCGGGACUUAGCCCCUUUUCGCGAAGCUACAGCCUGGGCUGCGAUAACCUUCUUGAGAUGACUCUCGUCACCUGGAAGGGCGAGGUUGUCACGGUAUCCAGGGAGGAUAGAGACAAAGAGAAGCGGGAGCUCUUUUGGGCAUUGGCAGGCAGCGGUGGCGGUAAUUUUGGGGUCACGGUUAGCUUGACGAGCAGGAUGCAUAAGCUCCGGGACGACGAGGGCAAAGUUGUCUGCGGCCAGCUCCAGUGGAAUCUCCCGCAGCAAAACGAAGACUUUGAGAAGAUGAUGAACGUCUUCAAUACCAACAAGUGCCCAGCAGAGCUGACUAUCGACGCGCUAUGGUCCCAUACCAAGAACAAACAACGGACCGGCGGUAUGACCGUGAUCUAUAAUGGCGGCAUGGCAAAGGCUCAAAAGGCGUUGAAGCCUUUGCUCGCCUUUGAACCCGCCGUCAACACCCUCAAGGAGAUGGCCUGGACCGACUGGGUGCAUCAGGCAGAGGGCUGGGACCCCAAGAGCCAAGUCUACCACCACCACGCGUCCUUCAUCUUCGCCGAGGGCGCCAUCACGGAGGAACUCACUACCAAAAUCUCGAGGCUCGUCGAGGAGGCAAUUCACGUGGUAGACGCCACGGACGAGAACUUGGUCAACGACCCCAAGUGCCACAUUCUCUGGGACCACAUCGGCGCCAAGACCGAAGCCGUCACGCCGGAUGCGACCCCCUUCCUAUGGCGGAAGGGCCACUACGUGACCACGAUCAAGGUACAGUGGACAGACGAGAGCAAGGCCGACGACAUCAUGAACUUCGUCGCCAAGUGCAAGAAAGAACUCUUGCCCUACGCAAUCGAACAGAAGGCAGCGUAUAUCAACUACAUUGACGGCACCAUGCGCAACUGGCAGGAGGCGUAUUACGGGAACAACUACCCGCGCCUGCAAAGGAUCAAGACGAAAUGGGACCCAAAGAACUUCUUCCGGAACUGGCAGUCCAUCCAGCCCCUCACGGACGAGAGUGAGACGUUUCCCAUUUCCGAUAUCACUAUCGGCGUGCCCAUUAGCGGUGAGGUCAGCAGCCUCCCGCCCGACGAAAAGGUUGAGCAGUGGUGGAAGAAUUGCGCGCCUUUGGUCACGCCGGAUGAAUUGGGUUCGCCGAAGACGGAUGAGGAGGUCUUUGAGACGGAAGCCAAGCUGCGCAAGAGUCGUCUCGGGCAAAUAUUCCAGCAAGGAGGCCAGCUGUGCUUGUAGAUGUUCGCGUGGACUACACCCAAACAGUUCAAAUAUUCGCACUCCGUCCAUUACCAAUUCUCGGCUUAUUAUCUGAUCAUCCGUCUAGAGCACUUGCAGAAUCAUGAGGUCUCUGAAAUGAUCAAAGGCGCUCGCGCCCUUCGUAAGCGGGUCUUGGAUCAAUGCUUCCAUCAAGAUCAGCC